ACGAUAGGUUAAUAAAGAGCACGACAGAGAGGAUCACUGAAUAAACAAAGAAGUAUGCAAGUAUUAGAUUGUUUAUAAGUGGCACACAGUUGAAGUACCGUUUCAUGACGAAGCGCGUUCUAGAAAAUUUGUACUUCAAGGUCAGUUACGGCUGUUUACUCGACAAGCUCGCAAGUAACAAUCGCAUCGGCCAGAUCGACGAAGGAUCUUUGGAUCUCAGAUGUACUAAUUACAUUUAUUCCUUUGGACGCAGCACUUUACGUCUCACGAUAAUGCUAAUGCGCUAAGCGCAGCAAGAGAUCAGCUCCGAUACAUCUUAUCCAGGAUCGUAAAUUUUCACACAAGUAUAAGAAGCUGGAGCAGUAGGAAAUUAUACGCUUCUGAAAAUAAGUAUUAAGACUUACUCACUGCAGCACUCUAUAGAAAGAAGCCGUUUUUUCAUUAUAGAUUUAUGUAGGUGUAAUAAUCGAUCACUGCUAAGUUUUUUUCUUUAAUUAAUAUUCAUGAAGAUGUGUACGCGUAACAAUAGAUGGUCAUCAGAGCUAAUCCAGCCGAAGGUGACUGCAUGAUAGUUUUUGAUAAAAAAUCAAUUACUCGCUUGCCCAUAGAAUGGUCCGCACAGAAGUUUGGUUAUAUUUCACUGGCAGAGAAAUUCUUACAUCGCAGAUUCACUUCGAAAGUAUCACGUCUUAUUAGGCCCUAAUAGCGAUCGGUUUCUGCGCAAAAGACAUCAAACAACAGCUUGACAAACAACCAUAAAUUUAAACGCGGAGGCAGGCGCGGAAGUAUUUCUCACGCGAGGCGUUAUAUUCAAUUACUCGCUCCGAUUUCCUUUCAACGACAGAUCGCCGAUCCCCUCUUGGUUGCGCGGAUCAAGUGCGAGGCAUACGAUUAACUUUUCAUUAGCGGCGCUGUCCCUCCCUCCCACGCGCAUGAGUAGAGCUCGAGGAUCGCAAGCGUUCACGCGACCUUGGCCCGACAUUAUCAGAUCUGUGCGCAUUAGCCGGACCAUCCCCUCGGCUCGUUCCAUUUCCGCGCGCCUACCGAUCCACGUAAUCGGUAAUUUGCAGACGCUGCGUGUAUAGUACAGGCGCAUCAUGGGAUCUCGAUCAAAUCGGUCGCGCGAAUAAAUCGAUGCCUCGUAAUCGCGCUCUGGCUGCCGCCGCCGCCGAUCGAGUCAAGGCGAACACAAUGAAAUAUUACGCGAGACUCGUGCGCUCUGUACUCAUCCCCGAACGGCUAUAAAAGAGCUCCCACACGGAGGAUGCGAUUCGAGUUGGACUCGGACUCGGAGAAGCAAGCGCAGCGCUGCUGGUGCCUGAGCUUAAGGAGCUACCAACCGACACAGAGCUUUACUUUUUAGAGGUUCUCCGGAGAGACAGAGUCAGGUUUCGAGACUUCAAGAUGCUGCUGAAGCUGACGACCCUCGCCUUGGUGGGAGUAGUUCUGGUAGGAGCCGCGCCGGCGCCAGUUCCGGGACCAGCGCCCGCCCCAGGACCAGCUCCUGGACCCUCGCCGUACCCACCGUACCUGGGAGCGCCGCUGCUGCCGGCGCACUCGUACUCCUCGGUGAUCCACUACCCGAGCUACUACAAGUACCCGUACAGCUACCUGAGCUACCCCUACUACGGCAGCUACCCCUACAAGUACUACGGCUACCCCUAUUACCUCUAGUCGACUUGGUCGCCGAAGACAAGCUCCGAUGCCUUGAUUUACAGCUACUACUUCGACCCAUCGCCGCGUCCAUCUCGAUGUCCUGCAUGUUUGUAUUACUCAAUAAAAAUUACAAUUGCUACCUACUCUAA